ACUCGAAACUUAAUCAAACUUAAGAGCCCUGAUUUGAGCUCAUUUGGUAGAGAGUGUUUUGAUCUUUAACGCAGAAUUCGCUUUGGCUGUCGAAUCGAUUUUCUUUAGCGUGUGAGGAAUCAUGCUGAAUAUUUUAUGGCCUCUCUUGUUUCUGCAGGUUUCAGCACAGCAGUGGACUCUUUUCGAUGGGCACACGAGGCGUGCCACACGGGAGGGCAGCGUGAGGCUGGUGGGCAUUCUGUCUUCAUCUGGUCGUGUUGAGGUGUAUCAUGAUGGACAGUGGGGUACAGUUUGUGAUGAUGGAUGGAAACUGUCUGAAGCUCAGGUGGUGUGUCGUCAGCUGGGUUUCUCUGGAGCAAUAUCAGCUUCAUUGAGUCAAAAUCCUGGGUCUGGUCCAAUCUGGCUGGAUGAUGUGAACUGUAAAGGCUCUGAGAGCUCAUUGUCUGACUGUAGUUUUAAAAGCUGGGGUGUUACUGACUGCACACAUAAAGAAGAUGCGGAAGUCGUCUGUGACACCGGGAAAAAUGUGAGCUAUGAUCGUCAGUUCUCCCUGGAUAACAGCCUGGCAUUGUCUGAUGAUCUGGGUGCUCUGUUUGACAGUGAAGAUGGAUGUGAUUUCAACAUUACUGUACAUGAUGUCAGUGAAGAGGCAGAACUGAUGUUUUGUGUUCACAGUGUGAUCUUCCAUAUGUUUCCAGAGCUAAAUGUAACACAAGAAUCCAAAAACCUCACAAUGGAGGUCAGUGAAACGUGUCAUCCACACGUGUCUGCUUUUCUCAGGUACUUGUACACACGCCGGAUCGAUGUUUCCAUCACAUCAGCCCAAUGUCUCCAUCAGCUGGCUUAUAUGUUUGGAGUGAAGAAGCUUAUGGAAGAUGUUGGCAGGGUCUUUACUUUACUCAUUCCUGAAGACAACAGCUUCCAGACUCAGGUUUCAAUGUACCGGUAUGGCGUCCACACAGGUGACCUCGUUCUACAGGAGAACGUCCUUCAGUACCUUUCCUGGAACUGUGAGUUCCUCAUAGUCUCUGCGGUGUGGAACAGCCUCUCCUUUUCCAUGAUGGACGCUCUGCUGUCACGCUCAGAUCUGGUUGUGAAGGAUGAAGCGUUUCUUCUGGAUGCUCUGGAGAGCUGGAUCCAAUAUAAUGGGGAAGCAGUUAGUACUGAACAACAGGCCAGACUCCUCAAUCACAUCAGAUUCCCCAUGAUCCCUGUGGAUAAACUCUAUCAAAUACAGUUUACCUCAAGUGUUCUUCAUAAUAAUCAUGAGAAUCUGUACUUGACCGGCCUGCUCAGAGGCUUUCAGUUCAAUGCUCUGGCCUUCUCUAAGAUCAGGAAACACGUGGAUAACAGCACUGAUGAGCAUCUGCCCAGGAUCUACACCAGAGACGGCUGGAGUGUGUUCAUCAAUGCCACUGAUGUCCGUUACCCGUAUGAUCGCCGUUACCCCUAUGAUCACAGUUACCCCUAUAAUAACCGCAACUAUGGCCAAAACAACAGAAUUCAAACUCUCUCCACUCCUGUACACAGCAGUGUUGUUCUCAGAGACAAAACUGUUCAGUGGCAAGCACAGGUUUUUCUUAGUGUCCAGGAAUGCUCUAACUAUGGUAUAUCAUGUGAUUCUGUCCCUGUUGCAAGGUUCUACAAAUAUAACAACCAGUAUAAUUAUAUGAGCACCAUUCGCUACAACAACAGAUUGAUUCUCACCUGUAAAAACAAAAACAAUGUCUUUCAUGUCCAGGAUUUUAAAAAUGACAUUGCGGUCAUUCCAGUUAACAGCAGCAUGGCUCUGCCCAACCCCUGUCCUGAUGACUACACUUACAGAUUUGUAGUGCGUCCGGAGUAUAUCUGACUACACAGAUUUGGGUUUUAUUUUCAGUUCAGUCUAAUCAAUUGUCAAUCAAAUGUAUGGUAAAUGUAUUCAUUUGUAUCACUGAAUGCUGUUUUAUAAUCUGUGAUCUCAUCUUGAUGAUUUUCCCAAAUAAGUUUUUUUUUUAUUCUAAAAUGCAUCUAAAAAAAUAAAAACAUGUUUUAUG